AUGGUUUGCGGAUGGCUUCUGCCUGCUCGUAAAUCCUGCGUGCGAGUUGUUUCAAAGUCCCACCUUAGUGUCAGCUCACCUUGUAAAUUUCUAGGUCCUGAAGGUUCGAAAAAAUUUCUAAGUUCCAAAGGUUCGAAAAGUUGUGUAUCCUCUGUGAUCUUGGAGACGGGUCACAUAGAUGAGCGAGCAGUUUGUAACGCCAUCGCACCUGAGAAGGAUGUGGAUGGGUUUCAUAUCCUGAACAUUGGGCGCCUGUGUCUUGAUCAGCCUUCUAUAAUACCUGCCACUGCUGCUGCCGUGUGGGAGAUCGUGAAACGGACCGGAAUACAAACAUUUGGAAAAAAUGUUGUUGUAGCUGGAAGGUCUAAGAAUGUUGGAAUGCCUAUUUCAAUGCUAUUACAUACUGAUGGAGAGCAUGAAAGGCCUGGAGGUGAUGCUACAGUGACCAUUACUCACAGAUACACACCAAAAGAGCAGCUCAAGAUCCAUACACUGCUCGCUGACAUUGUGAUAGUAGCUGCAGGUAUCCCAAAGUUGAUUACAACUGAUAUGGUCAAAGAAGGUGCAGCUGUGAUUGACGUAGGCAUCAACCAUAUCCACGAUCCUCUUACAGGGAAGACCAAAUUAGUUGGGGAUGUGGACUUUGAAGAAGUGAAGAAGAAGGCUGGCUUUAUCACUCCAGUGCCAGGAGGGGUGGGACCUAUGACUGUUGCAAUGCUUCUGAAGAACACUCUGAUAGUUGCUAAAAAGCUCAUUUACUAG